ACGAAUAAGAAGAGACUCCGCUGCCUGAACCGGUGUGACGGCAGUGAGCCGAAGGAGCAAACGAGGCUGUCAGCUAGUAAAGAGUUCUGUUGCUGACCGGAGACAUUUCUCCUGAAACCUUUUACAACACAGACCAGAGAGGUGAGAAGUUGUGGAGAACAUCAUGGCGACUGACCAGGAGCCGACCUACACCGUGAAGCUGCUGCAGCUGCUGCUUCUCUCCACUUACUGGGGGAUGCAAAUUUGGGUCACUUUUAUUUCAAGCUUUGUAAUGGACAACAACCUGAACAGACACACGUACGGGUUUAUUCAGAGUCGUCUUGUUCCGUUCUACCUCCACCUGGGUUCAGCAUGUGCCUUCUUUAACCUCUCCAUCUACGCUGUGUAUCAUCCCAGAGACAUACUGGAUGACAGGGAAUCGUUUCAGAUCUUCAUCUUCUUUGUGUCGGUGACUGUCGCGGCGGUCAACGCUCAGUGGUUUGGCCAAAUGACAUCAGAGAUAAUGGCCGACAUGCAUCUUAUCGAGCAGGCGUGCGGCCUGGGUCAGGAUAUUGGACUUUCGUCUAACCGCGAGGCUUACGCCAAGCUGUGCGAGUCAGAUGUGAAAUACAAGCACCUCUGCAGGCGCCUGUGGGUGUACCGGCUGCUGUCGUCUCUCUGUAAUCUCUGCUGCAUUGGCUGCAACUUUUACAGCCUCUCUUACAUGGCUGAGAACCUCUCACAUCUGUAAAGCCGACACCCUUCAGCUGUACUCCAAUCUCUUACUGCGACGCUACCGAAAAAACGAAAGAAAUCUUUGAUAUUUGGGAGCGGUGGACAUAUUUAAAUCCUAAAGCUUUGUUUAAUCUGAGGCGAAACGUCGGGCGAUCCUCGUUUUCCCUGAAUUUUCAGAAGUAAUGAAAGGAACGGGCGUCGGUUGGUGGCAGUCGUCCCUCUUGUCUCGCCUGAGGAUUUUUAGAGAUGAAUCAGUGGCUGCAGUGCCUCAUCUUCCACUUAGAUUGGCUGACAGCCGAAGUUGUCUUCAAAUUUCUUUUUAUUUACCUUUACAGAUGUAAUAAGGUAUCCUACUAUUAACUAACGUCAAUUGAAUGUUUUUGCUAUUUAAAAAAAAAAAAGAGGUCAUGUAGGAAUAGUUGGCUUAAUGUGGAUUGCACCGUUUCUUUUUAAAUACCCACACACCAGAACCUUCACUGAAGGAAGUGCUUCUGCACAGCUCACUCCUGCUCUCCCUGUUUAGGGCGGAGUUUCUGCAGUUUUGUAGUUUCGCUGGUUUGUCUGGCUUUCCUUCCCACCUUUCACAUUUCAGAGUGGAAGGGUGUGCUAUCUUUAGCUCCCCUGGCUGGUAUGUGGUAUGAAAACGACGGGUAUGAACACUUAGACAGCUGUACAGCAAGCUCCAGGGUAGACUUGCACCGUUACAAAAGUUAAGUUUGUCAUGGAGGCAGUUCACUCAGUGAGCUUUAAGGCAGCGGGUUGGUCCUGUCAUCUGAUUGGUUGACUGGACCUUCUAUGUCUUUUGGCUGCUGCGAAUGGCAUCAGUUCAGCUGAGCAACAUUCCUAACUGAAGAAUUUAGUGAUUGCACUGAUGCAGAAGUUAUUUGGAAGUUUUUUUUGUUUUUUUUUACAUGAUUAGAAUCUCAGUUCAGGUUUAUUUUGAUGAAUUAUCUGUGGUAACAUUAUGUAGUAUCAAGCUUUUGUUUUCCCUGUGCCUGUGUUAAUUAGUAAUAAAACGGACAGGUUGCUUACAGCAGCAUGGAUCCCAAUAAAGAUGUGUUUUAUGAAGAAAACAUAAAGAGCCAAUCACUACAGAUGCGCUCAUAAAUAACUGUCAAUGAUUUGCUAAAUGUUACUUUAUAAUGUCGUCUUGCUAGGCGCUAUUGUUCCUGGUUGGUGUGGUGCAUUACAGUCAUCUACUUCCCUUCACAUAAUGCCACCUAAAGUUUUUAAAUGCAUAAUAUUUUUCUAAAGAGUCAUCUUUUGUACAUAGAGGUGAAGGAUUUUAGUUUGGUUUAUUUAACAGAUUAUUUGUACGUCACUAUAUUUAUGUUAAAUUAUCUGGUAAAGGGGGAAAUGGACAUCAACAGAAACUAAAAUGUUGUCAUAGUGGGUGUGAUCUGUUAUGUUUUCCAACAUAACACGUUUGUACUGUUUUAUUUUUGCUUUAUAUCGUGAAAAGAAGAUAUGUACUCAACUGUUUGUUUUUUUUCAGUUCCUCUUCAAGUAUUUUCAAAAAUAAUAUAUUGGUAAAUUCUCAUCUGUCGCUCUGAGUUUUCGUUUUUUGAUCUGCUCUGGUUUGUGCUGCUCUUGGAUGCACAUGUACUGUAUCUGAACUGAGGGAAAGUACCACAACCAGAAACACUGUCCUGAGAUAUUUGGAGCUGAUUAGACUCUGAAGUUUGGCCUGGACUGGUGAAGGUGUUUUUUAAAAAUUUUUAAUACGCACAGUAAUGGCAAAAACAAUGCAAUGUUAUCUGGUAGCAGUUUUAAAUUGUAUUUUCUUGCGUAAACAUGCAAGUGUAUGAAGAAAUGUAUGAUGUGUCAAUAUUUAUAUCUGCUGUAUAGGUGAGAUGAAGGUUGUAGGGUUACGGUGUUUCGUCUUCUGUUCACAUCUGUGGGAUUUUUAAACGCGUUGUGUAAACAUUACUUUUGUUCAUUAAAAUAUUUUUUAAGUUUGUUUCAUAA